AUGAGGUUGGAGGCUUGGGUGGGCAGGGAGCAGGAGUUGACAAAAUUUCUUCUUCUCCUCUCCGGCGUUCAGGUUUCGGGAUCUGUGAAGGGCUGUGGAGGAGAUGGGAGGAACUGUGGCCAACAGAUUUCAAAACCCAACAUUGAGAAACCUGUCGGGCAAAGCCCCGAAUCUCUAACCGAGUUUAAGCAGCUCAACAACAAACUGCGGGAGCCGGGCUCGGUCGCUGCCAACUUCAUUCGCUUCAUUGGGUUGACGGACAGCAAGAGUCUAGACAGGAGUUGCUGCAAUAAUGGUGGAACAUGUAUCCUGGGAAGCUUCUGUGCGUGCCCGCCACCUUUCGUUGGCAGAUACUGUGAGAGGGAUGAACGUCUCAAAAUGUGUGACAAAACUCCAGAAAACGAAUGGGUGUUAAAGCAAUGCACCUGGUGUAAAUGCGGCAAUGGAAGAUUUCAAUGCGCAAAACACUUGGGAAGGAUUGAGAAAUGUGAUCCAGGCCAAGAAGAUGAUUUCUUUAACCGCUAUAGUGUAUUGAUUGGUGGUGGCUCCAGGCUAGUGGUAACGCUGUACUUGCUGUUGUCUGCAUUGUGCUUUGUUGGAAUAGUUGAGCUAUGAUUUUAUGGACUGUGUGAGAUGUAUUUAAAUUUUGUAAACUACCUAUGGAGAGCUGCUAUUACUGCUGUAAUUUUCCUUUUUUGCGGAGUCUGGAUCUCCUCCAGUAUUUGGCUCCACUGAUUAUCCACAAAGGAAUAUAAUUGAAGCACCGUUUGAAAACGCACCACUGUAUAGUUACAGGCCCAAGGAAAGUACAACAUAUGAAUGAAUACUUCCAGUCAGGACUUUUAUUUUCAAAAAUU